UUAGCCAUGAAACAAAUUCCCUCGAAAGCCCAUCUCCCCCCAUUCUCAGCUUCUCCUUCUUCGUUUACUGUCUCUAAACCCUAACUCUAAAUCAAUCAAAACUUCCAAAAUCCCCAUUCUCAUUUCCAUUAAUUUUAAAAAUGGCAACUUCACUUAUCACCAAAACCCUAAAUUCAAUCAAAAACCCUAAACUUCUCUAUCCACUCUCCUCAUCUGUCACCCGCUGCUUGGCCUCAGUCGCAACCGCCCAAUCCGACGACGCAUCUUCUUCUUUCACCUUCACUGACACCACUAACGACACCAUAAGCUUAAAAUCCCCAAAUUCUAAUGCGAAACGUGAAACGUCGUCAUCCUCAGUGACAAUGCCAAUGUCGUUCAUGACAGGGUCAAUUGUGGGCAAAAGAUUUUAUAAACAAGUGAGUACUAGAGAUUCAGAUGAUGGGGUUGGAUGGAGUGUGAUGCUUGAUUAUAGGACGCUUAAAACUCCUUCCAAAAGGCCUCUCAAGCUGCCUACUUUAUCUCUUGCUAAAGCCAUUGCUGCCGAAUGGGACUAUCAGGAAACAGAUGGGAUCAGGCCUUUUACAAUGCCUAUUAUGAGACUUGCUUGUACUGCAUUGGAGAGAGUUCCACUUACACGGGCAAAGAUUGUUGACAAUUUGAUGAAGAAAUUUCAUCAAGAUUUAGUUUUUUGUCGUGCUCCUGGGGAUAAUGAUCUUACAAGAGGAGUUUAUGAAAAGCAGGUGGAGAAAAUAGAUCCCUUGCUUGAUUGGGUGAAAUCUGAGUUCGGGUUUAAACCCGUUGUGUACUCGAGCUUUUAUGGUGGCAAGCAAGAGGAAGGGUUGGUGAAAGAAAUAGAAGACCUGCUAAAGAAAACUGACAACUGUGAAUUGGCAACAAUUGAUGCGAUUGCAUCAGCAGCUCAUUCUUUAGUAAUUGCUGUUGGAAUUGUCAGAGGAAAAUUAGAUAUAGAGGAAGCCAUUGAGCUGAUCAGACUUGAAGAAGAUUUGCAGGUUGAUAGGUGGGGCUUAGUAGAAGGUGGUCAUGAUUUAGAUAUUGCUGAUCUGAGGGUACAAAUAUCAUCUGCUGCUGUGUUCCUUGGUCUUUCAAGGACAUGAAGUUUGUGUACACCAUAACCUGUGUCUUUUUUAUUCAUAGAUCACAGAAUAUACGUAAUGCAUGAGGUAUGAUAAUCGAGAACGAAGUCGAACACAUUUUUGCUUGUAUAACCAAGGGAGUGGAUGACGAAAGAGUUUCUAAAUACAUAUUUGAUUAAAGAGUGUGGAUAGUGAUUCCAAGGCAAAUUCUGUGCCGGAAGUCGAAUAAUUAUAAAAAUGAGGCUCAUUAGUCAUGCCUUGUUAGUCAUACCAACCUACCUGUUUUUUGUUUUUUUUUAUUUGUUGAAAAACAAAGUUUUGUUAGUUCUGCACAUGAGUCAAUAAAAUAAAUGAUCAGCAGUUGGGUGCUGCUUUUUCUUUUU